AUGUAAAAUUAACAUAUUAGAACUUAUUUGGUUUACGGAGAUUCUGGAUCCGGAAAGUCAACUUUUAUCAAAAGCUUAGGAGGAAUCGACUCUGACAACUAAAUGCCAUAAACUGGAGGACUUGGAGUGGCUGUCACUAUUGACCCCGGAAAAAUUUACUUUAUAUAGGAUGAAGUUCUUGGAAAUGUAUAAUUGAUCGAUACAAGAGGAACAUGGGAUCCAGGAUAAACUAAUAACGAUUAAAUUCUAUAAAACUUAGUGAAAACUUUACUAGACUACAGUGUACAUCAAAUGAGUUAAUAAAUUAAUCCAAUCUAAUAGUUGGAUGGGAUCCUAUAUAUUCAUAAUAGUUUUAUAGAUCGUUAUGCAAAAGAUACUAGGAUAGCCUAAUUAGGAAUAUUGAUUGGCAGCAAUUUGCAUUCUUCGACAUUGACAAUCAUGACAAGAUGUAAAGAAAUAGAGAAUACAAAUUUAAAAUACAAUUUCUACGAAUGGAAUAAGAAGCUACAUAAAAGUGAAUCAGAAUACAUUCAUUGGGAUAGUGUAAAUCCUUUAGAAAAGUAAAAGGAGAAAUUAAAUGAAUUAUUACUAAAUUUAAAACCCAUUCCUUUGAGUAAUAUCAAAGAUGCAAAUGAAGAUAUUAUUAAAUUAGCAAAAGAAUUGUAACUAAAAGAUUUGAUUGAAAUUGAAGAGCCUAGAAUCAAGACAAUAAUAAGAUAGUACACCAAAGAAAAACUAAAGAAAAAAACAUCCUAUACUAAUGUAACAUUAACAAUCAAUCCUCCAAAAGGCAUCAUAACUUAGAUUGGAGGAUGGGUUCCCAUUAAAAUACCAUUCUUAACCUAAGGUGGAAAUCUUACGACCACUUCAAUUAGAAUCGACGCAGAUUUCCCAUAAAAUUCAUUGCCUCCAAAACUGAUAUUGUCUUGUGAUCUUGAUAAGAGUUUAGAUGAAAUAAAAGGGUAAAAUUUAGAGAUUAUCAAACAUGAAUUCGUAAACAAUGGAGAUUAUUACGAUGCUAACUUUUAAUACAGAUGGAAUGGAAUCAAUAAUGAUAAUGCUGGAAGAGUAGAUUUGAAAAUAAAAAUGGUCAUUCAAUAUAGAUAGAUCAAAUAAAAAUAAAGGGAAGAUAAGGAGGAAUAUUUUGAAAAUGUGAUGAAACCCAGAUAUUCAGACGAGAAACCUUAUAUUUAAUAAGCUAUGGAGUAGUAAUUUGAUCAUUUGUAUGUUGGAAUUAAAAAGAAUUUUGAAAAAUAAUGAGUAACUAUUAAAUUAUUAUUAUUAUUUAUAAAAUCAAUAAAGA